GAACAGGAAGUCCAGUUUGAAGACUUAGUGCGGGCUGGUGUUGUUGACAGUGCGGACACGGCUCAUAUUAAACACCUGAUGAAGACAUGGACUCUGAGCAGCUGUUCCUGGAUCAGUUCAAACCCAGCGGAGACGCAGAGGCGCUCUGGUUAAAGGACAUCUUCAGAUUCAUCACACUACACCUGGUUCCUGUCCUCUAUGGCUCCGCCCCUCCUGCUGCUGACCACUUAUCGACAGGUGUGUGUGCUCAUCAGCUGAGUGUGUGUGUGGUGAGGAAGAUACAGGACAAUAUGGCCGUCACACACACCUUACCUGUCAGCUACAGGCUGGUGUCCGUCUCUGAGCUGUGCUCCCGGCAGCACCUGGCCUGUGUCAGUAACCUGUCCUUGAGCACCAAUCAGCAGCGAGCAUGGGUCAAGGAGGCGGAGCUUUCGCUGCCGGGUCACCAGGCUCUGCCACGAGUCAACCUGCUGCUGAUUGGCUGUCUGAGAGAGGGGCGGGGCGGAGAGUGGAGGCUGAUGGAUGCCAGUGGCAGCGUCAGGUGUGAGUGCCUGUCUCCAUCUCCUCUAUGGAUGAAUUGUCCUGUCUUCCUCCCUCACUGGAACUACAUCCCCCACAAUGCCCCGGGGCAGGACCAGGACCAGGAUGGGGGCGGAGGGUACAUGGAGCUGAUUGGUUCUCCCGUUCUGCUGUGUCCCGGUCCUGAGCAGGGAUUGGCUGUUGGUCCUGGAGGAGGGGCGGGUCUUAGCAGAGCAGUCGGAGUCAGAGAGGCUCCUGGUUUACUGCACAACAGGACUCGUGGACAGCGUGUCUCAGUCUAUGGACAGGUGGCUUCAGUCUGUCCUCUGCUGGAUGUAGCAGGAACAACCUUCUUCUGCUUCUCGCUGACGGACGACGUCCACACUCUUCCUGUCCUCGUCAAGGACAGCAGCAGGCUGUGGUGGACUCAGUGUAUGUGUGUUGGUCAGAGUGUGUGUGUGACGGCACUGCGUGUGUGUGUCCUACGAGGCUGGAGAGGAAACAACGUCCUGUGUGUGACAGACCAUUCUGAAAUACACACAAACUACACACACACUCCUGCAGACGACACACACACUGACUCACCCACAGACACGCCCCCUCCGCUGAUGAUGUCACACAUCAACGAUGAUGACUGUGAAGAGGCAGAAGCUGACAGAGACGUCGUCCAAUCAGCUGUCAGGAUGAAAAAGUCCAGAGUCAUCAGUUACCAGGGUACUGUGACUGAGGUGGUGAGUGAGGGGGCGGGGCUGUACGUCAUUGACAGGAAGGUGGGACUGUGCCUGGCCUAUCAGCCGACUCUGAGGAGGAAACUGAGAGCAGGAGACUCUGUGGAGGUGAGUCACAGUACAGGUGAGUCAGAGUACAGGUGUGAGUUACAGUACAGGUGUGAGUCACAGUACAGGUGA